GAAGUUUUAGAGAGAGAAAGACGUGAGAGUCAGAGAGAGAGAGAGACCUUGUGUGUGUGUGUGUGUGAGAGCGAGAGAGAGGGGUUAAAGGGUAGUACAUUUUAGUGAGAGGUAAAGGCUGGUGCAGUAGAGAGAGAGCAUAAAGCUUGUACAGUAUGAUGAGAGAGAGAGAGAAGUAAAGGCUCGUACAGUACAGUGAGAGGGAUAAGAGGAAUGUACAGUGUGGUGAGAGAGAGGGAUGAAGGUUGCUACAGUCUGUUUAGAGAGAGAGAUGGGCUGGUGAGGCUAUUGUGUGCAGAUUAAUUUUAGAGAGAGAGAUAUGAAGAAAUCUAGGAAGAUAAAAAUGAAUGAUUCUAACUAUCCUAGAGAGAGGGAGAGAGACAGUGAAUAUAAGGAAUAUUGAAAGAGUAGUGACUGUCGGCUGCGUUGAUACGAAGUUCAGGAUUGUAGGAGACUAGAGAGAGAAAGAAUAGAGUGAGGAUUGUAGUGAGAGAAAAGAAAACUAUGACCUAGAGAGAGAGAGAGAGAGUAAUCUCUCGUACCAGAGAGACAUGAUUGAUUAGAGAUUAGAUUUGAAGCCGGAUUCUCACCAUUGCUUCUGAUAUAAGCCGGCGUUUCUAGCUGAAAAAUUUAUUUUGGAGUUUAUGGGGAAGUUUUUCUGACCUCAACUGUUAACUUCUCUGUGAAAUCAGAAAAAUGGUGGAUCAAGUUUUGCAUUCUUUGCCCAAAAACUUCAUGAUGUCCUGAACUAGAAGUGGUUCUCAUCAAAGUUUCUCAGAGCUUGAAACCCCAUGCUUUAUAGAGCUUGAUUUCUCUGGUUCCUGUUAUGUGGAUGUUCAGUGAAGUGUAAGAGACCAGCCUUUUUAACAGAGAAAACCAGGGAUUUUGGAGAAAUCCUCCAUUUUUGAAGUUGAAUUGGAGCUUCCUCCUUGCAUUAGGGUUUUACAGAGUCGUGAAAACCCAUUAGAGAAGUUUAGUUACAAUGUUUAUAUCCUGUGAACUGAAGCCAUUGCAAGCUUGGUUUUGAUUCAACAGAGCUCCUUAAUCCACUGGUUCUUGCAGUAAAAAAACCCAGAAAAUUCAGUACUGAACGUUAGGGAGACCAACCUCGCCGGAAAGUAGUUGCGCUGAUUUUUCCAUCUAAAAUCAUGCUGAACUCCGAAUGGGGGAAUCACAAUGUGAUAUUUUCUGGCAAUGAGUUGAGGCAUGAAGAAGGAGAAGGUUACCAAGACAUGAGCCACUCAAGCACCCCUUCAACUUUUGCUGAAAAUUUUCCCAAUAUUAGUCAAGCCCCAAUGGGUAGCUGGUUUAAUCAUUUUUCAGGCCAAAAUUCUGGCAAUGGGGCAACUGGAAAUUCAAAUUCUAGCAAUGGGCUGGCCAGAAUUUCGAAUUCCAGCGUCCGAUUUAAUCAACUGGGUUGUGAAAUUGUUGAUAAGGCAUUGUUUUUUGAAGAAGAAAUAAGAGGGGAACCUGAGGCUUGUUUCACUAGGGAUCGCUUCGGCCUGAAUUUGGGUGGCCGUAUUUAUUUUCCGGAAAUUGAGAAUGAGGAGUUCCAGCGAAGUUAUCAGGUUUCUUGUGGGGCAAGGUGCCAAAUUGAUGGAUGUGGAGUUGAUUUGAGCACUGCAAAGAAUUAUCACAGGAGACACAAGGUUUGUGAGUUUCACUCUAAGGCUUCAAGUGUGGUUGCAGGUGGUCAUAAGAAGAGGUUUUGCCAACAAUGUAGCAGGUUUCAUGAGCUCUCUGAAUUCGACCAUGGCAAGAGGAGUUGUAGAAAGAGGCUUGAAGAUCACAACCGACGUAGAAGAAAGCCUCAAACUCAACAACGCAAGAAUCCUUCUCACAUUGUAUCUUCAAAGUGUUCAAGUGAAUGGGGUGGGAUGGUGGAAGACACAGAUGCAGUUUCAGUUUGUUUUGAGGGGAAUGAGAUGACUACUCUCCACUCCAUGCCUUGUUGCAGUUCUUUGCCCAAACAUGCUGCUGAUUGAUCUUUGUUAGAGAAUUAUGGCAACAGAAGUUGGGAAUAUUAAUCCUCUCUCUCUUUUACUACUCCCCAUAUGCUCCUAAAGAACUUUCCCUCUAGCAACACCUCUUCCUCCUACUAUCUCUCUCUUAAUUGCUCAUUGUUUUCCUUAUUCUCAGGCCUAUGUUCAUAAUCUCUCACUCUCUCUCUAUCAAAAUAUGCCCUCUUCAUUGCUCAUUGUUUUCCUUAUUCUUAGGCCUAUAUUCAUAAUCUCUCACUCUCUCUAUCAAAAUAUGCCCCAAAAGAACCAUCCUCAUGGCCUUUGUUUUCCUCUUCUUAGGUCUAUACAACCCCAUCUACCCCACUCUUUAUCUCUUUAAUGCUCUCUGUCUUCCUUUUUUAGUUCUAUAUUCAUAAGCUCUCUCUCUCAACUGCUGCUUCCCCCUUGGUCCAUUCGAGCAAACCCAUUAGCAGCAUCUGCAACACCCCCAACCUCCACCCUACUCUCAUUAUUUUUUUUUGUCCUUGUUUUUAGGUCUCUCUCUAUCUCUUCCUUUUAAUGGUUCUUGUAAUAAGUUUGUAGUCACUUUUCCCUGCAAGUGCGCUCCCUCCCCUUAAGGUCUUGAUGCUCCUAGUUUUGGAUAUGGCAGGAGCUGACCAGUUUAUAUUUUGGGGAGCCUCCGUUUUUUAUCUAACUUUCGGCUUUUAUUCUAAGUUCAGUAAUUUCAUUUUUGUU